AUGUCUGAAUUUGGUAGUUCACGAUUUGGAAUUGAGAAUUGGGAAAGACAUUGGGAUCCGAGAGACGAAAGCGAAUGGGGCGAUGAGGAUGAAGAAGCCAAGCCAGUAGGAGGAGAUGACGGUCUUGUUGAUGAUGAGGUAAAUAUGGAAAACAAGGUGGUCGCAGAGAGAAUAGGUCAAUAUAGCGUUUAUAAGGUAAAAAAUGAGAUGACCAAGGGUGAGCUUGAGAAUUUGCGGUUGGAGUAUGGGAUCCCAGACACAAUAGAGUUGAGGUUGCUUAGGAAGAAUGAUAAGGCAAGUCAGCCCCCAAAUGGCUCGGUCUUGAUACACCCAGGAGGUGCCUUGAUAACAAAUAACCCUUCAAAGAAAGCUUGGAAAAACAAGUAUGCCUUUGCUACAGGGAAUUGGGAGUUUAGAGAGGGUGAUUUGGGCUUUGGUGCUCGAGUUCAAACUUGCUUCCGUCGAGCAGGUGAGCAAUUGCAUGUCAUGUAG